GAAAAAAAAGGCGCCGCGCGUUUCUAGGGUAACGGUUACCGCUCGGGGAUCGUUCAGCCACCGCCGCCGAAAUUUGUGAUUGACAAAAUAUUGUCCACAUUAUCGCGGUAAAAGAUGGCUUCUAUUUGCCCAACUAAAUUAUCAGCUAUUCAACAGAAUAGGGCGAUAGAGAACAUUACUCAAAAGGACACAACUUAUAAAGAAUUUCUGGAAAAACUGAGUAAAGAAAAGACUGUAUUGGCCAGAAUAAGAGCUGAUGAAAUGGCAGCAAAAAAGCGCUUCCAAAGAGUAUUACAGGAGGUAGAACAGGAAAAAAUGAUGGAAGAAGCAAUUUUAAAGGCAGAAAAGAGAAAAGUACUGAAGGCCAAGCAGCUGGAACAAGAGGAAAGGAUAGCCAAGGAGCUAGAAAGAAUAAAAUAUGAGAAACUAAAAGAUGAAAAAAUGAGGCAGCAUAUCCGAGAAAACAGCCUUGAGCUUCGUGAAUUGGAAGCCAAGUUGAAGGCUGCUUAUGUGAACAGAGAAAGAGCUGCCCAGAUAGCUGAAAAAGAAGCAAAUCGGUUUGAGAAGAUUAAACAAGAGGCUGAGCUUGCUAAGUUAAUGAAGAAAGAACAUGAAAAGGCCACAGCAGAGGAGGCUAAAGAAGAACAGAAACGCCAUGAACGAGCCAUAAAAUAUCAGAAGGAGCUUGAAAAGCAAGUUGAUGAAAAUGAACAAAGGAGACAGGAAGCAUAUGAUGAAUUCCUAAAAGAUAAACUAAGGGUAGACGAAAUUGUAAGGAAGAUCUAUGAUGAAGAUCAGAGUGAAAGAGAGCAGAAGAUGCAGAAGAUGCAGGAAACCCAGAGGUACAUUGAGGAGUUCCAGAAGAAACGAGCUGAAUGGAAACAAAUGGAACGGGAAAAAAUGGAAGCAGAGAACAGAAAAAUAUUGGAGUUUGCAAAUGCACAAAAGAGCAGAGAAGAUGAACGGAUGGCCAGAGUUCGAGAACAAGAUCAGCAAAAAGAAAUGUUGUACCAAAAGCUCGCUGCAGAAAUAGAAAAGCAACGCCAUGAUCGUGAAGAAUUGGAAAAUGUCCGACAAGAAUUGUACCUUGAAAAAGUAGAAGAGGCUCGUAGACAACAAGAAAUCGCAGAUUUUGAAAAGCAAAUUCGUCAACGCAUUGAAUUGCAGCAGACGUACCAAGACCAAAUGAUUUUCAAACAGAAGCGCCUACAGGCAGAGAAGGAGGAGGAAGAUGAGUUACGGAGAAAGAUGAUGGCCAAGCUUGCAGAGGAUGACCGUAUUGAGCAGAUGAAUGCACAGAAACGGCGUAUGAAACAACUUGAACAUAAAAGGGCUGUGGAGGAAAUCAUUGAGGAGCGACGCAGACAAUUUGAAGCAGACAGAAAACGAGAACUUGAAGCACGCCAGGAAGAAGAGAAGAAGGAGGCAGCUCUUAAGGCUAUAAUUGAGGAAGAAAGGCAGAAACUUCUCAAACAGCAUGCCAGUAAACUACUUGGUUACCUUCCAAAGGGCAUCUUUAAAGAUGAACAAGAGCUUGAUCUGUUUGAUGAUGCCUUCAAAGAGAAUUUCAAGAAAGGAAAUGCCAACCUGUCUUCAGAUGAAGGGUGGGAUUGUUAGACCUGGAGCUCAUUGUCAUAUUUCAUUUCAUACAACAACUUUGUCUGAGAUGGCUGCACAGGCUAGCAUACAAUUACUCUUGGACUGAAAUUUGUAUUGAUCCCCUUUUAAUUGCAGAGUUGAAAAUGUACCUGAUAUGAAUGUUGAAGGUAUUUUUCAUAAAUAUUAGAAAUAAAGUUUAAUUACUGAAGAUGCAUUU